AAGUUCUCUUGAAGAUUCUCGAGGUCAUUCGGCUGCAAUCAAUAACUAAUUUGCCUUCAUCCAAGUCUAAUGUAUUGAUUACUUUAGAGGAGGGUAGGAUGGAGAUGGUGGUUCAACAUGUAGGACCUGUCAGAAACAAUUAUGUAAAUUUUAAAGUUAAAGGAACUUCUGUGGUAGUUACAAUCUCUUUAUUUUCAGUUGCAGUUGAUAGAGAUUGAUGAAAGCUGUGUGGAAGAAAAAUGUUAACGGUCUAUGUUGGUUCAUAUUUUUCAUAAUGUGGUCAUGGUCAUCUAGGUUUCGAGGAGAAAAUUGCUUUGUUUUUAUACUGAAUUUCUCAGUGAUUUCAUAUAGCCUUGAUACUAAUUAGAGAAGUAGUUCUACUUUACAUUCUCUCAUUAAAAAGUUAUUUUUUUUCUUCGCCUUUAUUGAAAUAGUGAUUCUGGUACAUGGUGAACUCUUAGGGUUUGUCUAAACACACAAGUUGUACCACCACAAUGCAGGUACAGUUAAAGUGAUAUUAACACCCUAGUGUGGAUAUUGUCACACUGGUAUAAAAGUGCUAAUUUCUAUAGCUUAUUCUUAUAAAUUGUAGGGGAUAAACUAUACCAAUAUAACUUCAUCCACAGUAGAGAUUGUACCAACUUGACUAUUUCAGUUAAAAAAAAAAAUCACACACUAAUUGAAAUAGUUAAAUUUCAGUACAAAACCUUUGUGUGAGUCAGGACUAGGGUUGAAUAGUAGGAUUUUUUUCCUUUAAAACUUAAAUCUUCAGUUCAACUCAUCUGUUUUUAGCCUCUGAUGGAGUACUAAGGUAGACUGGCUGAUAGUGUCAUCUAAUUGUACCCACAGCAAGCUGUGGUCUGUACUAAAGCUCUAAACAUUGCUACAGGUGGUAGUUAAAAUGGCAAAAAAUAUAAAUCUGCGUAGUGUUGACAAAGCAUAAGAAUCAUUAACUGAAUCCCUGUUCAUUACAUGGAUGUCUCAUCUAAUAUCAUGUGACUUAGGGUAAAUGAUUUUGUAUUACGCUAUCAGCACAAACACAUGCUAAAGUGUAUCCAUGUUACUUCUUAUCUCACAGUGGAAGGGGGCUGUGCCAGUUCAAGCAAAUCUUAUUGGUGAAGGAGUUUCUAUGUGACUUUUUCUAAAGAGCCAUUUCCUUAUUUAACCAUACCAUUACGUGUGAAAGUAGACAGAACAUCUACCUCUCUCAGAAAGGAAAGACUGCAGAGGAGAAAAUCUUACUAUUUUAAAAUACUUGUGGUAAAAGUCUGCUUCCAUCUUAAGAAGAAAAGUUGGUACCACAUAAUGUUACGCUUUUUAGAUUGGUAUUGACUUUUCACAGUAUACGUAAACUUCUUUGGUGAGAUGUAUUUCUCAGAAAAGAAUGCUAUUGAAGAUGACAUAAACAAGAAUGCAGUCAUUGCACAUGAAGGGUUCCCUUCUGAUAUUUUGUCUCAGACUAUGAAUUACGUGGGACAGCUUGCAGGACAAGUUCUGGUUACUGUGAAAGAGCUAUAUAAAGGCAUUAACCAGGCCACUCUUUCAGGAUGCAUCGACGUAAUUGUUGUUCGACAGCAGGAUGGUACAUACCAGUGUUCUCCUUUCCAUGUCCGAUUUGGGAAGCUUGGUGUUCUGCGUUCUAAGGAAAAGGUGAUUGAUAUAGAAAUUAAUGGAGAAACAGUUGAUCUUCAUAUGAAGCUGGGUGACAAUGGAGAAGCUUUCUUCGUACAGGAAACUGAAGAAGAAUAUGAAAAAGUUCCUGCAUAUCUGGCAACCUCCCCAAUAAUCACUGAGGAUCAGUUUUUUAAAGAGAUUGAAGAUCACUUGCUGAAGUCAGGUGAAAAUGAAAGGACAUGUCAGAGCUCUGAAGUUACACACGUCAUGGAAACAGAGACUGUGUUCAUCUCAGGAUCUGUGAAGAAGAAAAAGCGAAGAAGAAAGAAAUACAAACAAGAUAGCAAGAAGGAAGAUCAGGUCUCUUCUGGGGUUGAAGAGAUUUUUGAAAUAGAAAUAAGCUCUGAUGACGAGAGAGGUGUUCAACAUCUGAGAGGAUCCUCAAAUUCUUCACCAAAGAGUGACGAGCAGAAAGAGUCUUUGAUUUAUCGCUCCAAGGAUCAUUACCCUUUAUCUGAUGGAGACUGGUCCCCUUUGGAGAAUCCUUUCUCAGAUCCAGUUUGUCCUAAAAGUGAUUCAGAACUAGAAGUGAAACCUGCAGAGAGCUUGCUUAGAGCUGAAUCUCAUAUGGAGUGGACAUGGGGAGGAUUCCCAGAAUCUACUAAGAUAAGCAAGAAGGACAAAUUGGAGCAUCCUAGAACAGCUACCAUUACCCCAUCAGAAGAGACUCAUUUUAGGGUCAUCCUCAGCUCUGAUGAAGUUGAAGAUUUUUUGGUGAAAGAUUCUGUCUGUACGGUACUGAAACCUGAGCCAAGAACUCAUCCUCUGUUUAAGCAAAUGGAGGUUAAAGAGUCUUUUGCAUCUGCAGUUAUAGAACCUCUGCUGGAGAUCCCUCUAGAAUCAUCUACAUUAGAUGCUGAUCAUCUCCCCGGCCCAUUAGCAGAUAGUCCUUCAGAAGCAAAACCACCAGCAAAAAUUGACUCUCCUUCAAAAACGAAAGGGGUGCACAAGCGAAGUCAACACCAGGGGCCUCAUGAUAUUUACUUGGAUGACUUGAAGGCUUUGGAACCUGAAGUUGCCGCACUCUACUUUCCCAAAAGUGAUAAUGAUCCAAGUUCCAGACCGUGGACUGAGUCAGAUACCCUCUCUGGUUCCCAGUCACCACAGUCAGUGGGAAGUGCUGCUGCUGACAGUGGCACAGAGUGCAUGUCUGAUUCUGCUAUGGACUUGCCUGAUGUCACACUUUCUGUCUGUGGAGGUCUAAGUGAAAAUGGAGAGAUCUCUAAAGAAAAAUUCAUGGAACAUAUUAUUACCUACAAUGAAUUUGCUGAAAAUCCAGGACUCAUAGACAAUCCUAAUCUAGUUAUAAGGAUUUACAACAGGUAUUAUAACUGGGCAUUGGCUGCUCCCAUGAUUCUCAGCUUGCAGGUGUUCCAGAAAAGUUUGCCCAAGGCUACAGUAGAGUCUUGGGUUAAAGACAAGAUGCCCAAGAAAUCUGGAAGAUGGUGGUUCUGGCGCAAGAGGGACAGCAUGACUAAACAACUACCAGAGGCAAAGGAGGGGAAGUCUGAGGCACAAAGAACAAAUGACCUUCCAGCAACUUCAAAAGAACAAGUUAAUAGCAGGCUGACAGAAGAUGAUUCUUCUAGUGAUGAAGAGUCACAAGAGCUGAAAGAAUCCCUAAAAAUAGAUUCGGUCCCAGUGGAACAUUCAAGCUAUGGGAACACUGUCUCUUAUAAGAAGUCACUUAGAUUGUCUUCAGACCAAAUAGCAAAAUUGAAGCUCAGAGAUGGUCCAAAUGAUGUUGUGUUUAGUAUUACAACCCAAUACCAAGGUACUUGCCGUUGUGCAGGAACAAUAUACCUCUGGAACUGGAAUGACAAAAUCAUCAUCUCUGAUAUUGAUGGAACAAUAACAAAGUCUGAUGCCUUAGGGCAAAUUCUCCCACAGCUUGGCAAGGAUUGGACCCAUCAAGGCAUUGCAAAACUCUACCAUUCCAUCAAUGAGAAUGGCUACAAGUUUCUGUAUUGCUCUGCUCGUGCCAUUGGAAUGGCAGAUAUGACAAGAGGGUACUUACAUUGGGUGAAUGACAAAGGAACAAUCCUACCCCGAGGCCCCCUAUUAUUGUCCCCCAGCAGCUUGUUCUCGGCCUUUCAUAGGGAAGUGAUAGAAAAGAAGCCUGAAAAGUUCAAAAUCGAGUGUUUGAAUGAUAUCAAGAACUUGUUUGUUCCGAGUAAACAGCCUUUCUAUGCUGCUUUUGGAAACAGGCCCAAUGAUGUAUAUGCCUACACGAAAGUGGGAGUCCCAGACUGCAGAAUAUUUACAGUGAAUCCAAAGGGUGAACUGAUCCAGGAACGGACAAAGGGAAACAAGUCCUCGUAUUUCAGGCUAAGUGAGCUUGUGGAACAUGUGUUCCCACUGCUCAAUAAAGAACAGAGUUCUGCUUUUCUGUGCCCAGAAUUCAGUUCCUUCUGCUAUUGGCGACAACUAUUUCCUGAGGUGAACAUGGAAGACCUAGCCUGAACAGCUCUGCUCACCUGGAGAUGGGAUAUCAUAUCCAGUCAUUCAACUUGUAAAUGUGAAGAGAGAACUUCUUUUCUGGAGAUGCUAAUUUAUACAUUGGUACCAUGAGUCUUACUUAAGACAAUACUUUAAGUCUACGGGUUUGGCACAAACAAACAAAAUGCAAAGUUUCUGUAGCUCUGACUUUGUCCUUUACUUGACUUUUUAAGGCAUUUGAGAUCAGCCUAUAUGAUAGCAGCAGUACUGAGUCACUAGAUGGCAACACAAAGGUGGAUUUUCGCUGCAUCUCUGCCUUUCCAUAGAUACAAAACUUACCUUAAAUAUAGACUUUUUGUAUGUUAAUCUCCUUAAUAUUUUUUUAAAAAAUAAGCCAAAACAUGCAUGGAAGCUGCCAAGUAGUCUAUCAGCCAUGUUAUAGCAGUUAUAGAAUAAUUUUCAAAUUGGUCGUUAGGCCAUUUUAAAAAGGAGUAACUGUCUGAAACAACUAUGGCUCCAUUUCUCAUAAACAAAAUAUAGAAAAUGUCUUCAGCAUUAACCACCUGACAGAAAUGGAAGAUGUAAAGUUCCUCCUUAAAUGUAAAUAGUAUUGUCACAGGUACAAUCUAGUGCAUAUUAAAAGUAGAGGCUGUGCUUAUGCAGCACAGUGCCAUUCGUUAACUCUGCCUCUUAAAUUUUUCUAAACAUACAGUGAUUUGACCAUUUUAUGAGCUUAUUACUUAAAGUCCUUAUUUUAAAUCCAGAGCUAUCUUGAGAUGUUCCAAUAUGCCUUUUGAUUCUUGAAUGACUUUUGUUAUUCCCAAGCUGCAACCUUCCAUGUCAAUUUUCAAUUCAGAGAAAAUUGAGAAAAAGCUUUACUGUAAUAGCUGAGAAGUUGACAUUUCUUUACUGCAUUGAAAUGCAUAUAUGUAUGCACAGUGUAUAGGCGAGUAAAAAGCAUGUAAAGAUUAUAUUCAGGGAGUUGUCAUUGAAGAAAAUUAUGUAUUUAAUUUUUUUAAUUGAAUCUACUGCAGGCCUUUCCAGAAUUCUGUGUUAAGGGUUUUCAGUUGUUGAAGGAAGUACAGCACAGCACAGCAGCGAGUCCCCUGGUGUAAGGUCUGAGUGUUCUGAAUGCUGUGUAGCAGAGCAGAGCCAACGGAGUUUUCAGGUAAAUGACAAGCAUUGAUGUGUGGCUAUUCCUUGGUUUCAGACCAGCUCCUAUAAACUACGGUAUUAUGCUAAGUGCCUCACAGGCCUAAUACUUACCAACUCCAAAAGCAGUUUGCCUGCAGUCUUCACUGGGUAUCCAAAAAAUUAUUGAAGGCAAAGGUUUUCCCUUUUAGUUUGUACAGCACCCUUCUUAGGAAGGGUAUAGCAUAAAGCUGGAGUGAGAUUCUGUGCUGUGCCUCCUAGAGAUGCAGAGUGGAAAUGAGGCUGUUGACCCUAGGCUAUCAGUGAAAACAGCAGAUUUGGUAGAUUUUUAGAUGGAAUCUUUUAUUUCCUUUGUCAGUCUGAGAAUUCUCCCUCUGAGGUUCUAACACAACAGGAGCUAGCUCCAGCCAACUGAGAAACAGAUUCACUGAAUAUUUUUGGAUCAGCAUAUCAUUUGAAGUAGGUUAUUUUUACUGAAUAGCUUGCAGCAACUGGAAUUAUAAGCAAAGAGAUGAAGUUGCAAAGAGAACCUGGCUCUUUCAUGAAGGCUGCGGUGAAGGAAAGGAAAAAGCAAGUUACAUCAAUGUGAACUUUUCUGUGCCAUAUAAACAAAUUAUUUAAAUGGCAGCCUCAUUACAGUAUAUAGAUUUCAUGGUAUGCUAAUAAUCAUUUCCACGGAAAAGUUGGCCAUUCCCCAAGUCUACUUAGUGUUAAGUAGAGGAGACUACAUUUUUUUCAUGAUCGUAACAAAUGUCUAAAGAUAUUGUUUUAUAAGUUAGUAUUUGCAGCAGCCAUAAUUGUACAAGGAUUACUCAGUCAAGAGCCACAGUCUUUGUCUAUAAUGGAAGCAGUAGUGGGCUGCAAAUGCUAUUGCUGGUUUAUUUUGCAGGUUCAGAUCAGAACUGAAUGUGGCCUAUUUUAUAGAUCACUGCACUGAGCAAAGGCUUAUAAACCCCAGUCUUUAAAAGCCCGGUAUCUGUUUUUAUUUCUUUUCUUGGUUUUUUUCUAAUAGGGAAAGCCCUUUCACAAAGGGUAAAAUUUUCAUAAGUUGCUUUGAAAAUCAAUGAGAUGCAGGCUAUUAAGUGAAAAAAAUUUUCCCCUCAGUAAUGAAGCAAUCUUUCCACAAAAGGAAUGGACCUGUAUCUCCUAGAUUAGGUCUUCUGGGAUGGUCAGAAUUUCCUUCAGCACUUUUAGCUCAUUAUCUAUCUUGGCUAGUUUUCUCUUAAUCUAGGUUUUCAUGAUGUCUACAGUUUGACACAUGCAGUGAUGAAUUCUGUGCACUUUAAGGUGGGGACAGGGUAAAAUCAACAUAAAACCUGUUUUAAACAUCAAAUUGAACAGGGUAAAAUGUCUCCUUUAAGCACUAGUAGUUUAAAUUAAUGUGAGCACUUCGGUUUUGUUGCAAUUUUGGGAUGAAUUUUUGGCAUUUGGGAUUUCCAAAAAGGUGCUGAAUAAAUAUGCUGCCCUUCCACUCUGUUUGUGAUGGUUACAAUUCUGCUAUAUAGGUUUGGAUACAAUGCAAAAGUAUUCUUGAGUCUUCCUCUUAAGCAAAUGGCUUUUUUCAUUUGAAACCAACUUGCAUUUGGAGCCCUACUCAGAUUGGAUGAUAUUACUUUUAGAAGCCAUUUUGGGGACUGAACUUGGGUAUUCUAUGCAGACCAUUACUUACAUAGGGAGGUAAAAUGUCCAGUAUUCCAAACAGAUUCUAGAAAAGACAUCUCAUUAGCGAAAACCUACCAUUUGACAGUUCUACACUAUGAAGUGGAUAGAUCAGAAUUACACAUUAGUCUGCUUCCUUUAUUUUACCUUAGUGGAAAUAGAUGGUUUGAAAACAAUGUUUGUGCUAAGCCUAUUUCACAUCAGCACAAAUUAAUUCAUUCUUUCUGUGAAAGAGAUGAGCUUUUAAGUGUGUCUACACACACGCACACCUCUUUUAAGACUGUUGUUGAAGGUGCAGAUCCCCUUUGCAUUGGAACAGUGUUUGACACCAUAAACUUCCACAGUAUUUAUCUGCGGAUAAAAAAGGAACACUGCAGUUCAGAUCUGGGCAGUCCAUUGGACACUGCCCAUUUCUAUAGUGAUUAAAGAUCAUAACUUAGUCACUUGUAUGUAUAGAGGUAAACAUUUCUGGAUUUCUUUUUUACUUUUGUGUGUUUAAGCUUGUACUUCAAAAAUGUGGGGCUUUUAAUCUUUUUUGAGUAUAGAAGUGCAGGUGUGAUGCUGGAUCAUGUAUUCUUAGCUUUGUGACAUCAUUAUACUGUUUCUAGAACACAAGUCUUCAACUGGAAAAGUUUUAACACUUAAAUCAACUAAAUUAUAUAACUUCUGACAAACUCUGAGUCAAUCUGGCAAUUGUAAGCCAAAUGGGUAAAAAGAUGCAUUUGACAUUGUAUUCAGGUCUCCUAGAAAUAGACUCCUUGACAUUUGAAGGAGGAGUUUAAAAAUAAGAAACUGAAUUACAACUUCAUUAUGAAACAUUAAAAAUGUCUAGUGAAUUUUAGAUGACUUUGAAUCGUCACUUUUGCCUCAAAGUUUUGUUUCUUAUGUUAAAUCCUGCUAAGUAAGAUGAAACUCUGCUUCAUUUUUUUAAAAGUGUUAAUUAUCUCCAGAUGAAAGCUGCAUUUUGGUUUGUUUUUCAGGUGAGGGUCAGCAGAACUCUUUAAUACUUUCUAUUUCAUUAUUAAUUGAGAACAUGUGAAAUAGUUGAUUGUUAAACUAUACAAUAAGUUAGUGUUAAAUUAUCAACUCUGUGAAUAUGCCAGUACAGUGGUCUUUGUAAAGACUGGACUGUCUUUGGGUAAAUAAACAUUGCACCAAAGUGUAGGUUAUUGAUGUUCAAAAUAAUGUUGCCACAAUAAAUAAACUUUAA